CAAACGAUCCUCGUCGUCAUCCUCAAGUCGUCGACGACGAUGAUCAACCAGAGCGAUCUUGCAUAUAAUUGCGAAUAGAAAAAUCGUGUCGAGACUCAUCGUGCUUUAUGAGAGUACAGUGGUUCGGAGUCGAGCAACAAUAAAAGGCCAGACCUGUCCGGGACACCGUAACGACAACAUCAUUCUAUCGCUGCCGCAUCAUUGUCAUUCGCUACACAGAAAUAAACGUUAAGAUAUAUACGGCGCAUAUUAUCAUCGAGUUUCAAAUAACUUGUGAAUAAAAUAUGAAUUGCCAAAAUAACAAGAAGAACGACAGCGAUCGUUCAUUACCGUGGUUUUUGCUAAUCGUGGUCGUUGGAUUAAUAAACGGCUCAUCAGGCUACACGGACAACGGGAAAACGGAAAAUUCAACAAUCAUCGGAAACGACAAUACAGGCAAUGGAACGUUGUACUGUCCGGUCCUCAAACGACAACCGGCUCUGGACUUGAAGCAGAUAAUGGGAAAAUGGUACGCGGUCGAAGUCGUGAAGCAUAAAAUCGAACCACCUGCACCCGAUGGCCGUAAAGACGACGCUCAACACGUUACGACUACGGUAAAGACUUGUCCCGUAGUGGAGCUGUGGCCGGACGAUAAUCAAAAUUCGAAGGGGAACAAAUCGGAAGAUAAAUCAAGCGGCAUCCGCAUCCGAUUAUUAUGGGUUGAAGACGCUGGGGAUCUUGAAUACUCCUUUAGCGUACCCGAUCUAGGAAAGAAUCCCGGCUUAUGGCGUUCGGAAGGGCCGCAAAACGGCACGCUGCUGACCCAUAAAUACGUCCAAUUCGCCGGGUCGGUCCAAGUAAUAAAGGCCACGGGAUCACGGAUGGUGCUGACUUUCUGCUCGACGCCGAGUCCCGCGGGAGCCGAGGAAACCCGUCAACUAUUUUCCUUCAUAUUGUCCCGAGAACACAGACUCCAGGAAAGCUUCGCGAUCGGGGUGCAAAAUCUUUUGGCGAGACACGGGCUCACCGUCGAAAGCGUCAAGGAGACGUGCGUCAACGUUCCUGCAAACGAUUAUUCUAACGCCGAUUUGUAGGAAUUCCGACACUACGGGAGCAAUUUUAUAAUAUUUAGGAUGUACUUGGGAUUUCGGUAGAUCAAGCUUGAUUGGAAAUUCUGAUAAUAAACUGCCUUUUGCGGAGAAACCGAAACGUGAUCAGCUGUUCAAAAGUACAAAAUUAUGAGCCUGAGGGUACAUAUUCGAUUGAUACAAUAUUCGUUCAUUGUCAGAAUUUGAAAUAAGCAAAAACUUGAGAUUUCGAUCGUAUUUGAUCUAUCGAAAUUUCUUAUUCAGGGUUCGUACGCUUUCUCGAAUCUGAAAUUCCCUGACUUUUCCAGGUACUGUAACCUGAAAAUAGGAUUUUUCCAGUAACAUUUCAAGAAAUAUAACCCUGAGUAAUGACAAUUUUUUCACACAUUAAUACUAAUACCUUCAGUGUUACCUAGUAAAUAUCUUACUAUCUGACUAUCAAUUAAAAAAAAAAAAAAAAAAACAGUCACCGAUUUUGCGUAAGAAAAAAACGAAAGAAAGUUUGGUAUUAAGUAAUAUACAC